AUGACAGUCCACGCCCUCUGGGUCAUCAACAAGGCCGGCGGCCUCGUCUUCAACCGAUAUUACAGUGACACACUUCCCAAACUCGAGCCUAACGCCCUCCUCAUUCUCGCCGGCACGCUGCACGGCAUCCACGCCAUCACGGCGCGCCUGUCCCCCGCUCCGCCGCCUGGUGCGCUGUCGGCGGGACUUCAGAGUUUUGAGGCUGAGGGAUGGGGUGGAAGCGUGUAUCUCACGCCGACUGGUACCAAGUUCGUGCUCCUCCACUCGCUUGGGCACCCGGUCGAUGACUUGCUCAAGCGCGUGUACGAGAUCUACUCGGAUGCCGUGAUGAAGAACCCGUUCCACACACCCGAGAUGCCCAUCAACUCGAGUCAGUUCGAGAGUCGGCUACAGACUCUCAUUGGGACCGCGAAUGCGUAA